AUGAUGGCAUUCUCCAGGGGGGUUGGUAUCCUCCUCCUCCUGUACCUGCUACAGGGGUCAGACACUUCCUUGGUAAGGCUGCAUGAGAAUGGUUAUGAAGACAUCAUCAUUGCCAUUGAUCCUGCUGUGCCAGAAGAUGCAACCAUAAUUGAACGCAUAAAGGAAAUGGUGACUAAAGCAUCCACACACCUUUUUGAAGCUACAGAAAAAAGGUUUUUCUUCAAAAAUGUGUCUAUAUUAAUUCCUGAGAGCUGGAAAGACAGUCCCCAGUACAGGAGGCCAAGACAGGAGAGUUACAAGCAUGCUGAUAUUAAAGUUGCACCUCCCGCCCUUGAGGGCAGACAUGAGCCCUACACCCGGCAGUUCACACAGUGUAAAGAGAAAGCAGAAUACAUCCACUUCACCCCUGACUUUGUACUGGGGAAAAAACAAGAUGAAUAUGGAGAUUCAGAAUUGAGAGUUCAUCAAUUGGUAGAUUUCUCCUUUGACCAGUGCUCCACAGGUAUCACGGGUAUGAAUAGAGUCCAUACAUGCCAAGGGGGAAGCUGUAUAACCAGAAGGUGCAGAAAUAAUUCCACCACAAAGUUAUAUGAAAAGGAUUGUCAAUUCUUCCCUGAUAAAGUUCAAUCAGAAAAGGCAUCCAUAAUGUUCAUGCAAAGUAUCGAUUCUGUGACUCAAUUCUGUAAAAAAGAAAACCAUAACCAAGAGGCUCCAACUCUCCACAAUAAAAUGUGCAAUUACAGAAGCACAUGGGAAGUGAUCAGCAAUUCUGAGGAUUUUAAUAACAGCACGCCCAUGGAGAUGCCACCCUCUCCACCCUUCUUCUCACUGCUGAGGAUCAGAGAAAGAAUUGUGUGCCUAGUUCUUGAUGUGUCCGGGAGUAUGGCUUCUUCUGAUCGUCUCAGUCGAAUGAACCAAGCAGCAAAAUACUUUCUAAAGCAGAUAAUUGAAAAUAGGUCCUUCGUAGGGAUGGUACACUUUCAUAGCCAGGCCACUAUUAAGAGCGAGCUGAUUCAAAUAAUCAGUGACAUCGAGAGAGACAAGCUCUUGCAAACAUUACCUACAAGUGCGAAUGGAGGGACGUCCAUCUGCUCUGGAAUCAAGACUGCUUUUCAGGCAUUUAACAAUAAAGGAUACCAGACCGAUGGGACUGAGAUUGUGCUGCUGAGUGAUGGGGAGGACAGCACAGCCAAACUCUGUAUUGACGAGGUGAAAGACAGCGGGGCCGUCGUUCAUUUCAUUGCCUUGGGACCAUCUGCUGAUUUAGCUGUAACAAACAUGAGCAUUCUGACAGGUGGAACGCAUGUUGGUUCUUCAGAUGAAGCGGAGAACAAUGGACUCAUUGAUGCUUUUGGGGCCCUGGCUUCAGAAAAUGCUGAUGUCACCCAGAAGUCACUUCAGCUUGAAAGCAAGGGUGCCAUACUGAACAAUAGUCUCUGGCUGAAUGACACUGUAGUAAUUGACAGCACCGUGGGAAAGGACACAUUCUUUCUUGUCACCUGGAGUAAUCAAGCCCCUGCCAUUUAUCUCUGGGAUCCCAAAGGAACACAAAUCACUAAUUUCACAAUGGACAUGGAUUCCAAAAUGGCCUAUCUCAGUAUCCCAGGAACAGCUCAGGUGGGCGUUUGGACUUACAACCUGGAAGCCAAAGUGACCUCAGAGAUACUAACGAUUACAGUAACCUCUCGGGCAGCAAGUUCUUCUGUGCCACCAAUCACUGUAAAUGCUAAGGUAAACACGGACACUAACAUUUUCCCCAGCCCAACGAUUGUGUAUGCCGAAGUUCUACAAGGGUACACCCCCAUCAUUGGAGCCCGAGUGACAGCUACCAUAGAAUCAAACACUGGAAAGAAAAAAGAGCUAGUCCUGCUGGACAACGGGGCAGGGGCUGAUGCUUUCAAGGACGAUGGGGUCUACUCCAGGUACUUCACAGCUUAUUCAGACAAUGGCAGGUAUAGCUUAAAAGUCCGUGCAGAUGGAGGAACAAACUCUGCCAGGAGAAGUUUACGCCAUCCGUCAAGCAGAGCGGCAUACAUUCCAGGCUGGGUAGUGGAUGGAGAAAUUCAAGGGAACCCACCCCGACCCGAAACAACUGAGGCUACCCAGCCAGUCCUGGAGAAUUUCAGCAGGACAGCGUCUGGAGGGGCCUUUGUGAUGUCCAAUGUUCCAAAUAGCCCGUUGCCUGAUAUGUACCCACCAAAUCGAAUCACAGACCUCCAGGCCACACUUGAUGGGGAAGAGAUCAGUCUAACAUGGACAGCCCCAGGAGAUGAUUAUGAUGUUGGAAAAGUUCAACAGUAUAUCAUAAGAACAAAUGAAAAUAUCAUUGACCUCAGAGACAAUUUUAAUAAUUCUCUUCGGGUUGAUACAACUAGCCUUAUACCAAAUGAAGCCAACUCCAAGGAAACCUUUGUCUUUAAACCAGAAAAUAUCCCUGAAGAAAAUGCAACCUACUUAUUCAUUGCCAUUGAAAGUGUCGACAAAAGCAAAUUGAGUUCAGGACUAUCCAACAUCGCACAGGUAGCACUGUUCACCCCUCAGGCAGAGCCUAUCCCUGAUGAAAGGCCACGUUCCGGAGUUAGCAUUUCUACUAUUGUGCUGUCUGUGGUGGGCUCUGUUGUACUAGUUUGUAUUAUUGUAAGUACCACUAUUUGUAUCUUAAAGAAAAAACGGUCCUCAUCAGGAGCUGGAACAACAUUUUGAAAAGCAACAUGAAUAAAAAGAUAUUUCUGAGUUUUUAAAG